CAUUUCAUUGACAGUCUCUCUCUCUGCUUUUCUCGUCACUCUGCUAGGGUUUCAGAGACGCCGCUUCUUUUUGUUCCUCUCAAAUCGAUCGCUCACUCGCUGUGUUUCUCAGAGUCAACUCACCAACUCGGUAUUUUAAUGGCCGCGGAAGUCACCCAAAUCCUUUUAAAUGCACAAGCAGUGGAUGGCACUGUCCGGAAGCAAGCAGAAGAAAACCUAAAACAAUAUCAGGAGCAAAAUCUUCCUGGCUUUUUACUUGCCCUUGCUGGGGAAUUGGCUAAUGACGAGAAGCCUGUUGAGAGUCGUAAAUUAGCAGGUUUGAUCCUCAAAAAUGCAUUGGAUGCCAAAGAACAACAUCGGAAGUUUGAGCUCGUACAACGAUGGUUGUCGUUGGACCCCUCUGCGAAAGCCCAGAUUAAAUCAUUCUUACUAAAGACUCUCUCUUCUCCUGCACAUGAUGCACGGUCAACAGUGUCUCAAGUCAUUGCGAAGGUAGCAGGCAUUGAGUUGCCCCAUAAGCAAUGGCCUGAGCUAGUUGGAGCUCUUUUGUCAAAUAUUCAUCAGCUUCCAGCUCACACCAAGCAGGCCACCCUUGAAACUCUUGGGUAUAUCUGUGAAGAAGUUUCCUCGGAUGUGGUAGAUCAGGAUCAUGUAAAUAAGAUACUUACAGCUGUAGUUCAGGGUAUGAGCAAUUCUGAGAGUAACAAUGAUGUAAGGCUUGCUGCUACACGAGCAUUGUAUAACGCUCUUGGUUUUGCUCAGGCAAAUUUCUCAAAUGACAUGGAACGUGACUACAUCAUGAGAGUUGUCUGCGAGGCUACUCUUUCUCCUGAAGUGAAGAUUAGACAGGCAGCUUUUGAGUGUUUGGUUGCCAUUUCGUCAACCUACUACGAGAAACUGGCUCCGUACAUUCAGGAUAUAUUCAACAUCACGGCAAAGGCUGUGAGGGAAGAUGAGGAGCCAGUAGCUCUACAAGCAAUUGAGUUCUGGAGUUCAAUAUGUGAUGAGGAAAUAGAUAUAUUAGAAGAAUAUGGAGGUGAUUUCAGUGGGGAUUCUGAUGUUCCUUGCUUUUACUUUAUUAAGCAAGCUCUCCCUGUUCUAGUUCCCAUGUUAUUGGAGAUGCUACUUAAGCAGGAAGAGGAUCAGGAUCAGGACGAAGGGGCAUGGAAUAUUGCAAUGGCUGGAGGCACAUGCUUGGGUUUGGUUGCUCGGACAGUUGGAGAUGAUGUUGUCCCGCUUGUUAUGCCAUUUGUUGAAGAAAACAUAACAAAACCAGAUUGGAGGCAGAGAGAGGCUGCAACCUAUGCAUUUGGUUCCAUUCUGGAAGGUCCAUCUCCUGAGAAACUUAUACCUCUUGUUAACAUCGCUCUGAACUUCAUGCUUACUGCCCUUGUGAAAGAUCCAAAUAACCAUGUGAAAGACACUACCGCAUGGACUCUUGGAAGAAUGUUUGAAUUUCUGCAUGGGUCAACUUUGGAAACACCUAUAAUUACGCAAGCUAAUUGCCAACAGAUCAUUACUGUUCUGCUUCAGAGCAUGAAAGAUGUUCCAAAUGUUGCCGAGAAAGCCUGUGGUGCUCUUUAUUUCCUGGCCCAAGGUUAUGAGGAUGCAGGAUCAUCAUCUUCUCCUCUAACUCCCUUUUUCCAGGAAAUUGUUCAGGCUCUUCUUACUGCGACUCACCGGGAAGAUGCUGGAGAAUCACGCCUCCGAACAGCAGCUUAUGAAACUUUGAACGAAGUUGUAAGGUGUUCUACUGACGAAACAGCACCAAUGGUGAUGCAACUAGUUCCAGUUAUUAUGAUGGAGCUCCACCAAACUCUCGAGGGACAAAAACUCUCAUCUGAUGAGAGGGAGAAGCAAAAUGAAAUACAAGGCCUUCUUUGCGGUUGUUUGCAGGUCAUCAUACAGAAGCUAGGUUCAUCUGAGCAAACAAAGUAUGUCUUCAUGCAGUACGCAGACCAGAUGAUGGGCCUCUUCUUAAGAGUAUUUGCUGUUCGAAGUGCCACGGCUCAUGAGGAGGCUAUGCUUGUCAUUGGUGCUCUUGCUUAUGUAACAGGUGCAGAUUUUGCAAAAUACAUGCCAGAGUUUUACAAGUUUUUGGAAAUGGGUCUCCAAAAUUUCGAGGAUUACCAGGUUUGUGCCAUCACAGUAGGGGUGGUGGGGGAUAUAUGCAGGGCUCUGGAGGAAAAGAUAUUGCCUUAUUGUGAUGGGAUUAUGACCCAACUCCUCAAGGAUUUGUCAAGCAAUCAGUUGCACAGAUCUGUGAAGCCUCCAAUUUUUUCAUGCUUUGGCGACAUUGCUUUGGCAAUUGGUGAAAGUUUUGAGAAGUACUUGAUGUAUGCUAUGCCCAUGCUUCAAAGUGCAGCUGAGCUAUCAGUCCAUACAUCAGGUGUUGAUGAAGAUAUGAUGGAGUAUACCAAUUCUUUGAGAAAUGGAAUCUUGGAGGCAUACUCGGGUAUCUUUCAAGGUUUCAAGGGUUCUCCGAAGACCCAACUAUUGAUGCCCUAUGCACCUCAUAUUCUUCAGUUCGUAGAUAGUUUGUACAUGGAGAAGGACAUGGAUGAGGUGGUGACCAAGACAGCAAUCGGGGUUCUUGGAGAUCUAGCAGAUACCCUGGGUAGUAAUGCAGGUCCCUUGAUUCAGCAAUCUGUGUCAAGCAAAGAAUUUCUAAAUGAAUGUUUAUCCGCAGAAGAUCAUAUGAUUAAGGAAUCUGCUGAAUGGGCCAAGUUGGCCAUCAGUAAAGCAAUUUCUUUUUGAGGCGAACUGCUACCGCAUAUAUUCUAGUACUUGCAUGCAUUUGGGUGUGUCGAGUUGGGUCUUGGAUUUGCAUACCCUGAGUCAGGUCAUCACCAUUUUUGGGCACGAGUGUCUCGGUUGUUUGGCUGUCAGUAUUUCACAUCGGCAGGAUGGAGUCUUUCCCUUUCAAUUUUUUCAUUUUAUUGUUUUCCUUUUCCAUGGAAGCAGUUGGCAGUGAUGACUUCAUAUCUAUCUGCUAACGUGCAUGAAAUAGUUGGACGUUUACAUAUGGGAAGAAAUGGAACAACUAGAGUUGGGAGGAUUGAGAUAGGAUAGAUCCCCAUCACACCCUGCCGGUGUUGUCUACAAUGGGUCGCCAAUAGCAACAAUUUAUGAAGUGAAUGGUGCUGAAGUUUUGGUUUAGGAAUUGGGGCACUUUUAGCAGCAGUGGUAAAAACCACAUUCCCCCACCCCCCUUUUCUUUUUCUUUGUUUCUUUUCUUUUCUCCAAAAUUCGGAGUCUUAAAAAGUACUGCAUUGUUACAUGUCAACAAUUGUCACAGUUCUUCUCUUGCCAUAUGUACUCAUUCUGUAUACUUUGUGAUCGGUGAGAAUCACAUAAUGUUAGGGUGUUCAAAUCAUGCAUUUAUCAUAUUUAAUCAUUAUUAUAUUUAACAUAGACGUUCAUUC